GAAAGUGGUACCUGUAGGGAUGAGUAAAGGGUUAAAGAAGUUCCUGCAGGAGAAGUUUCCCAACAUGAACCGCCUUCAGGACAUCAGUGAGCUGCUGGUCAAAGAUGUUGCCCUCUCCGAGAGUGAAGCUGAGCAAGACGGCAGUCACAACAUCACAGAGCUGCCUCAGGCUUACGCAGGCCGUGGGAACAUGAAAUCUGAACAGAGUGCAGUACGCCUCACCGAGAUUGGCCCUCGCAUGAAGCUGCAGCUCAUCAAGGUGGAAGAAGGCUUUGGACAGGGCAAUGUGCUGUACCACAGCUUCA